AUAAUCGAUUCAAACCAGAUCAAAUCAAGUCAUUGAAUUUAAACAUUUUCAAAUACAAAGUAGAGUUGUUCAUCAAUGGUUCGACCUAGAAAAAAUGCGGGUUUAAAUAAGCCUUGUAACCGUUUUAGUUUAAAACUCGAGCAUAAUCCAAUAACAGCCCAAAAAGCCACCUUGGGCCUUAUAAGCUCGACAUUAUUUUGUGGGUUUGAAAACAAAGUCUAUAUAUAAAAGUCCGACCCAACACAAUUUUUUAUCACAUCUAUAUAAAAUCAACUUUUAAAACCCUAAAUUUAUCCCUAAUUCCUACCUUCCUCAACUCCUCUCUUCUCCCUCCAAUUGUUUCUCUUUCUCACCUCACAACUCCAUACCAUCACAUAUCCAUCAACAUUCCCACUAAAAAAAUAAAAAAAAAAAUAAAGAUAAAAAUCAACUUUCCCUUCAAUUCACUUGGUUUCCCCCGUUUUUAUCAUAAAGAAACAAAAAUCAAGAUUCAUAAAAGCAUGGCUAAUUUCCAAUUUAAAAAGGGCACAAAGGUUGAAAUCAGCAUUGAUGAAGAUGGUUUUAGAGGGGCGUGGUUCUCAGGAACAGUGGUAAAAACACCUGCAAAAAAUGACAAGAAAGUAAUGGUGGAAUAUGAGACAUUGUUGGCUGAAGAUGAAUCAACCCCUCUAAAAGAGAAGGUCGAUUUGGUACAAAUUAGGCCAAUCCCACCAAGAGAAAGCAAAAGGGUUUAUGAAUUGAAUGAUGAAGUUGAUGUUUCAUACAAUGAUGGGUGGUGGGAAGGUGUCAUCACUCAAGUUCUUCAAGGUGGUCAAUACUCUGUCUAUUUUAGACCUACAAGAGAGCAAACUGAGUUCAAAGAUGCUGAUUUGCGGCUCCAUAGAGAGUGGGUUCAUGGAAAUUGGGUUCCUCCAUUGGAAGAAGAGGCAGUGCUGCCAACAGAAGACAUGGAGAAAGAAGAGAACCAUUUCUGCAAAGGAAGCUUAGUUGAAGUGAGCAGUGACGAAGAUGGCUUUGAAGGUGCUUGGUUUGCUGCAUCUGUUGUUGAGGUGCUUGGGGAGGGCAAGUUCCUUGUCGAAUAUAAGGAUCUUAAAACAGAGGAUGAUAAAGAGUUCGUAAGAGAAGAGGUUGAUGCCCUGCACAUUAGGCCACGUCCUCCAAAGACAGGAAAAAUUGACAAAUUCAAGGAGUUUGAAGAAGUUGAUGCCCUUUAUAAUGAUGGGUGGUGGGUGGGCAUCAUUUCCAAAUUCCUUGGUCGCUCAAAAUAUCAAGUUUUCUUUAAAACCACUGACGAGGAACUGGAGUUUAAGGAUGAUGAACUGAGGCUGCAUCAAGAUUGGAUCAAGGGAAAGUGGGUUAUGGCUUCUAAGGCUAUGGACUUGUCAGGCUGAAGAGAAUGGUCUGCGUAGAGUGUCCUGAACUGAUCCAUGUGUAGGUAACCAUUGUAUUAUAAACUCUGAACUAUAUGUUGAUUGUCAUCAUCUUCUUUUCAAGGCCAUGUUUUUGUCUUUGGGUGAGAAUGAGAAAUUUCUCCGAAUAGUGUGCUAACAUCACACUUUGGCCGAUUUGCUGGAGCUUGAUUAGCAAUGGCUCCCUAUUCAAUGUGAUUUCUAUCAAGUGGUCUGGUAAGAUGACCCAAAAUUGUAAUGGUUAUUCUGUAGACUUAGUCAUGUGUUAAUGGUGGCAUCCUCCCUUGGUGAUGCUGUUGUGUAUAUUAUUGAAUUUCCAUUUAAUAAAACCCCAUACAAUUAAGCUGCAAACAUUGUUCAAUUGUAAAUUCUAGUUGAACAAGAACAGAUUACUGAUUA